CAACUUUCAUUUAAUGCACAUCGGUCAGUCGGGGGAAUUCCAGCGACAUGGACGCACUGCUUUUCCUCACCGUAAAUUUAGUCGCCCUGGGCUCAGUUUUGGGCCAGAAGGUCCCUUCGUGCGCUCAAGCCGAAGGCUCAUGCUAUGUUUGUGAUGAAGACUUUACAUGUUCGUUUACCACCGACCGAAAUAUGACGAGCAUGAUUCAAUGCAAGAAAAAUGGGGACCAGUAUACCGGAAUUUUGGAAAAUCUCAGCACUGAAAGCAAGUAUUCAAUUCACGGGGAAAUAAAACCGACGAAAAUAAUUUUACUACUUACGCAAACAAGACCGGUUCAAAAACCCCGUUAAAAAACGGUAGUUUGCGAAUAGGAUCACUUUAAUAUCGCAAACGGUUUUUGUUUGCGAUAUAGCAUGCUCGGGCCUAUUCGCUUUACAAUAAAAAUCCACGUCUCUUCUUAUCUAAUAAUUUUAUCAGAUGAACCUUGGCAAAAAUUGCGAGAGUUCAGGAUCUUCAAAACUUACAAUUUCAAUAAUUUAAAAUGCUCUGGAAUAUUUUUAAUGUUAGAAAUAUUUUCCAACUGAAUAAAAAAUACAGGCAUAGCCACUACCUUCCUUAUUACUGAAAAAAUGGUCAAUUCACUUUCAUUUUCACCAGAAUAAUUCAGUAUUGAUUAUUUUUUCCUCGUCCAGUUGUAAAAUGAAGUCCACUAAACUAAUUGGAAUAAUUAUUUUCAUUGGGAAGCACCAUCGGGAUGACGUUAUGCUAAAUUUAAUCACGGCAAACUUUCCUUUCCAGAGCUGGCCGCGCUCUGUCUCAAUGAAAGCGCGCAGGCUAAACCCUGUCAAUCCAAAAAACUCCAAUCCAUGUUAGAAGAUGCCCUAAAGAACUGUCCAGACAACAGCGUCGAGGUGAACAACAAAUUGAAUCGAAUCUUGGAGCUUGUCUCGCUCCUUGAUGGCAAUGGCAGCACCAACAACUCCACCUCCACAGAAGCAAGCUCUUGUCAAUUCGCUGAGACCUUGAUCUGGACGCUUGCCACGUUGAACGGCCUUCAACUGGCCGCACUGUGCUGCAUGGUAGCCGUGAAGACGGCCAAGGUGUUCGCUGGCCGCCGGCGCAAGAGCAGUAUCGACUCCCUGCAAUACGAUGACUGCGGGCCGCCCGUUGCCGACAUUGUAGCCGUGCAGACGGCGCCACUGGCGUCGCUGCAGGUGCACCAGCAACCACAGCAGCCGGAUUAUGCUGACGCCGAGUACGACUACGUGUACGACCACGUGUUGCAAGCGGAGAGAAGGCCGGAAAAGCAACCUAGCGCUGAGAUCGCGAGCGUCGAUAACGUGAGCGUCGAGGAUUCGCCCAGCAACCCUUUUUACCUCGAGCUGUACAACAAGGUGCAACUCAGGAACAACCGCAGAUGACCCCGAAUUUCUGUUAACAAGCAUCAUCAGGACUGUCACAAAAUGCUUGUAUGAUAAUGAGAUAGAUUGUAGCCAUGUAUGAGACACUACCAUUGUAAAUAAAGUCACAUAAGCUUUAAUUUAU